AUGAAUUAUCAAGCUAGUUAGCUAACACAUUUUCUUGUCAAACUGUCAACACUGUAGCUAGCAAAAACAUGAGGGCAAAUACAUCCGAUUUGACCGUUCAGACACAAAUCACAUGGCCAGAAAUCUGAUUUGUAUCUGAUUUCAAACCACCUAUGAAUUUAUACAACUAGUUGCAAACAACAGCCAAUCAAAACAAUGCUUUUGUCACAUGAUCCAGUUGUCACAGACCCAUAUGUCAUGUCAACACAGCUGUCAGUGCUGCUGGAACCGCGAUCAAGGUUGAUAGAAGAGACAUUAGCUAAAUGGGACCUGUAAAUAAAUAUUGGCAUCAUGGCAAAUCAUGGUUUAGGUACUGUACAUGGUUGGGUAGUCAAUAAAUGUAAUUUUUGAAGUGGCUACUGUUGCACGAAGGUUGUUACAGUUAUGGGCCAAUGUUUUUACAAGUGGUUCGCUUCGGAAAGGUGUAAAGCAACAGUCACAUGGGAAAAUUUGAAAUUAGGAUGACAUUCUUAAUCUGGUGUGCCUCGGCCAGGUCAACAGGAAUUUGUAUGGGGUCUAGUCUAGGUCUGAUAAACGCACACCCCGUUUUAGGAAAUCAAAUACAGCGAAGGUAAGUGGAGAAAUCAUGUUGUUGUAUUUUGAGUGGAACAGCCACAUGCUAUGCAAACACAAACAGCUCUUUGUGUCAAUAUCAGGGGGACUGGAGACUGGGGCCAUGUGGAUGAGCCUGUCCAAAUAUAUCAGCAUCUUCCUCCUGCUGACCCUUUCAGGCCUGUUCAUCAUCAACAUUCUAGUGUGGAAAUUGGACCUAUGCAGCUUGGACCUACGCAGGAUCCACUCAGAGGACCCUCCUCCCCUGGACCGCGAGCGAAGCUUCUGUAGCCACCUGGGUAAGGAGCCCUCACCUGAGGAGGCUCUGGAGGAGCGUUACCUCCUGGAAUCCAUCGCCUGGCCAGAGACUCAGCCAUGGCUCACGUCUUCACCCCUGACCCAGACCAGUGACCCUGCACACAGCCUGUUUGCAAUCCUCCCAGCAGGGGGUAGGAGAGAGUGGCACGUGGGGGACCAGCUGGAGGCUCUGGUCCUUAUGAAAGAUUUCCAGGGACGUCCCAAGAGCCAUGGUGGGGACUUCUUGCUGGCCCGGCUGCACUCCCCAGAGCUGGAGGCGGGUGUUGCCGGACACGUGCUGGACCACAGGAAUGGGACUUACUCUGCCAUUUUUCCAUUACUGUGGGAGGGGUCUGUAUGGGUGGACGUGACAUUAGUCCAUCCUAGUGAGGCAGUUCCUGUUCUACGACGCUUACGUGAGGAACAUCCUGACAGGGUGCUUUACAAGAGCCUGUUCCGCUCUGGAAUAUUGUCUGAGACCACCAUGUGUAACCUGCGCCUGCCAACCAACCAGCAGCCGCUGUGCAAUUACACAGACCCCAACACGGGUGAACCCUGGUACUGCUACAAGCCCAAGCAGCUGCUGAGCUGUGACACACGGAUCAACCACUUCAGGGCAGGUUACCAGAAAGAUCUGAUAACCGAUAAGGAAGCACUGCUCUUCCAAAGUGGCGUUAACCUCAAAGCACGUAUUCAUGCAAUGGCAAAUGACAGUGUCACUGUGCUGCCUAAGAAAAAAGAGGUGGAAAGCAGCAGUGCAAAGGCAGCGCCUAUCAGGACCACAGCCUCUGGUUAUUACUUCCAAGGGUCAUGGCGGGGGCUGGGUGGUGUCGUGAUUCGCCAGUUUAAGGACACCACUGCCAUUACUCAGUGUCUGAAGGACAAGAUGGUGUACAUGUAUGGAGACUCCACUGUCAGACAGUACUACGAGUUCCUCACCAGCUUCUUGCCAGAGCUGAGGGAAUUCAACCUUCAAAGUCCUGUGAGCACAGGGCCCUUCAUGGCGGUGGACAUCCCCCACAACAUCCUGCUAAAGUACCGGAGCCACGGUCCCCCCAUCUCUUGGACCCCUAUCAGCAUCAGUCAGCUGCGCUAUGUAGCUAACGAGCUGGAUGGCCUGGCCGGGGGCUCAAAAACUGUUGUAGUCAUCAGCAUUUGGGCUCAUUUCAGCACCUUCCCUGUGCAGGUCUACAUUCGCCGACUACGCCACAUUCGAAGGGCGGUGGUGCGGCUUCUGGACCGGGCUCCAGAGACUGUGGUAUUGGUGCGCUCUGCCAACCUCCGGGCCCAAAGCCUACAGGAGAGCCUCAACUUCAGUGACUGGUUCUCAGUGCAGCUGGACGAGGUACUCAAGGCCAUGUUCAGGGGUCUGAAUAUCUUCUUUGUGGACGCCUGGGAGAUGACCCUUGCCCACCACCUCCCCCACGAUAUCCACCCACACCCUCCCAUCAUCAAGAACAUGAUAAACACUAUCCUCUCUCACAUCUGCCCAGUGAAGAACUAGCAGAUAGAGUUCAAUUAGUUCUGCCACAAUUCUUUAUUAUUCAACACCUGUGCAAUAUUGACAAAAUCACUAGCAUGGGCAGAGAAGUUUGACAUGAUUUCUCAAAAUGGUCACAAGACCACAACCAUAACUCUUUUACAGACAAAUUUGGAACCAGAAGCCUGUAUUCAACAGCUUAAAAAACAAAUACAUUGUUGAAAAUGUGUGUUCAUUUUCAAUGCAUUGAAUUCAUGAUGCUCGUGGUAUAUGAAAAUAUCUUAGCGGUCAUCAAAGGUGUCAUGCCCAAAGGGGACAAAGAGGCACGUGCCCCCUCCGAUUUGUCCUGUAAAAAAAAAUAUAUAUAUAUACAGUG